UCUCUCUCUCUCUGCGCGCGCGCAAAGAAACCUCGUAUUGGCCCUAGCUAAGGUCAAUCAAUUUAUCUCUCGCGCACAAAGAAACCUCGUAUUGGCGUCAGCUAAGGCUAUUCUUUCAUGGACCGUUGGAGUGGAAUUUUGAAAGCUCCACUGUACCCUAAUAGCACGCCUCACUGUAGAGUUGCAGCAUCUCUCUGUCUCUCAUCUUCUUCCAAAACCGUCACUGUACCUUCAGUGAAUGCUAUCUUCUUCAGUGGAGAUCGAGUGGAAGGGACUGGAAAUCCGGUGAUUGAGAGGCUAUCGAAUCUGGAGAGAAUUGCUGAAAUUCUGGUUUCGAAACUUGGUGGUUCUAUAAAUGCUUGGGUUAUUGAGGCUUCCACUUUUAAUGGGCCUUUUGCUGUUUACAAGGACUUUAUCCCAUCUGUAAACCACUGGGGAGAGCCAAAAGUGUACAACCCAGCUGGAUUCCCAGCUUCUACAUCAACCAUCUCACUCUUGUCGAAUUGCUUUAAAGAGGUGAAACAAAUCAUUUCAGGGAGUCAGAAAGAACAAUACCAAACUGGAGUGUCUGCGUCAUGUUUGUGUACACCCAAAACGUUCAUUUUUGGAUUUAGCAAGGGUGGCACUGUACUCAACCAGCUAAUGACUGAGCUUAGCAUUUCUGAAAUCAAAUCCACUGAAAAUCCAAUUAAUGCAAGUGAACAGCUAUUCAGUGGAGGUCCUGUUAAUGGCCAGGAAGAGAACCCAAUAGUACCUAGUUCAGUUGACGGCUUCUUAAACAGCAUAGCUGAGAUCCAUUACGUGGAUGUUGGCUUGAACUCCACUGGAGCAUAUCUCACUGACAGUGAUGUGAUUGAGAGGAUCUCCAAGCGCCUCAUGGAAGGAGAGGGUGGAAUACGUGUUGUCCUUCAUGGGACUCCUAGACAAUGGUGUGACAGCAGGCGGGUUUUGAUUCGAAAUGAGAAGGACAAACUGGUUCAGCUGCUUGAAUCGGGAGCUCAGAGGAGUGGGGGGAAAUUACACGUUUGUGAGAGAUUCUACUUUGCUGAUAAGCCUCCUAGUCUGCAAAUGCACUUCGAAAUUAUUGAAAAUUUAAAUGUGCAUUGAGUGCUUUAAUUCUGAUGUAAAUAAGAGAAUUAAAAGGAAAACACUGUGAUAUUUUCACAGUUGUAGCUAUUGUUGUGUACAUGAGUUAUUCAAUUUUGUGGAUUGUUAAUAAUUUUGUUAA